AUGCUAUACUCUCUUCCGGGCUUUGUUUCACUGUUGCUAGCUUCAGUCUCCUAUCUUUCACACCAAGCUCUUGCUGCUGAGGAGAAUCUUUGUCGUGUGGUACUAGCAGAGAGCUCUAUUCCGGAAGCCGGACUUGGCGUGUAUGCACUCCAGGACUAUGACUUGGGGGAUCCAAUUGGACCAGCCAGCAUUGCCAUUCCAUGGAUUGAUAAUGUUCACAUCUUCAACAACAACAACAACAACAAUACGACUAUUACUGAAUCCCAACAUCAUCAUCAUCAAAAGUCACUCUUAAAUUACUUCUUGUUGGAUGCUGCGGGUAUCGGGGGGUUUGGCGAAGCAAUGAAUGUCUCGCUGUUUAUACCAGGACUCGCUUCGUUGGUGCAACACCACACGUAUCUGGACAAUGUCAUGAUUUCUGGAACUGUUGCAGUAUUAGGAUCAAAGAAAAAUAAGGCGGCAUCGUCCGCAGAUCGACAUGUUUCUGUCAUGGCAGGCUCGGAAACCGCCUAUUACAAUGUUCAAUUGACUGCCAAAAAAUCUAUAACGAAAGGACAAGAAUUAUUCUUGUAUCCACCAUCCAAACAUCUCGAGUCGAAACAUCCAAAACGACAAGCCUACCAAAUGGCAGAAGAUCUAGUACAAAAGCUGGGAGACUAUUACAAUGACUCCAACGACAAUAUGUCCAUCACUCCCGCACAAUGGACGGAUCUAUUGUAUCGAAUACGAAUGGAUGUCAUGGAAGAUUCCGAAACUGCCCAAUUGUUACCCAAAUCCUUGUACGAAUUGAAGCUUGCUAUUGCCAAUAAUAGUGAGGGAUUGGUACAAUCACGACUGCAAAGUCGUAGCGUGGAUUGGAUUGCAAAGCAUGGAAGUUGUUUGGAUAAUAUUGGUAUGGUUGAAAACAAUGGUGCUUCUUCUCUGGCAGCGAAUACACCGACCGAUAACAAAGAGACAACACAACGAAGCGCCAUUGCCACACGAUUUCUUCCCAAAGGAUCUGUCAUUGUCGAAACGCCCAUGGUUCCAAUAGAUCCAGAGCUGAUGAAAAUGAAACCCAAUCAUGACAAGAAUCAUGCCGACAGUAAUAAUAACACUCGACAAUUGCUUUGGAACUAUUGCUUUGGACAUCGGCAUGCCACCACACAGCUUUUAUUGUGUCCCACUACGGCAGCUGCCAUGAUGAAUCAUCCUCAUAGUCAUAGUUAUCAUGAUGACAAUGAAUCAUCAUUCUUGCUAUCCAACAAGAAGUCACCGAAUGUUGGUCUACGGUGGAAGGAACCGAAUGCCAUGCUGCAUGGUUCACUGCAAGACUUUUGGUUGACAGCAGUGAAUCGGAAAAAUCUGUUGGUCAUGGAAUUUGUGGCACUACGAGACAUUGCGGAACACGAGGAAUUACUCCUGGACUAUGGGUCCGAAUGGCAAGAGGCAUACCAGUCGCAUGUGAAUGAGAAUACAUCCACAAAGUCCAGCAUCACUAUGCUGUCAACACACAAUGACCAAGGGAUCCAAACUGAAAACUAUUCCAACCAGCCGAAGGAAUUGGUGACCGAGUGUUUCGUGUAUCCACAAUUGAAAGCGGACGCUCAAUUGGGCGACUGGCAAGACUUUUACGAUUCCAAUCAAAUGAUGAUUCAUCGAAAAACUUGGCCUCUGGAGCUGCAAAAGCUAUAUCCAAAAGAAGACGAAUUUGCGUCUUGGUAUCCCUGCAAAGUCGUCGAGGAUUCCCUGAAUGGUAGUAAUGGCUCCAACGGCGACGACUCCUAUAGUGUCCUCAUUUUUGCACAGCACUUGCACGACGAGACUGUGGUUCGACGGUUCCGAGGAUUUCCUAAGGAUCGACUGCGAUUGGUGUCUGCGCCUUAUCAUUCGGAUCAGCACCUACCAUGGGCGUUUCGUCAAUUAAUUUCCAUUCCCGAUGAAAUCUUUCCAUUGCGAUGGAGGAAUGACUACAAGCCUGCAUCGAGUUGGAAUUUGGGUGUGGUGGAAGAUGGGUAUCUGACGGACCGAUCCAAAUUGGAAGAGCAACAACAAGCUUACGAGAGAGCCUUGCGAGAAGUCGACUGUGGUCUCUACAUGGGUGUUUCCAAUAUCCCCAAUAGUGGUUAUGGGAUGUAUGCUGGUGCCGAUAUUCCAUUCUCACAACUUGUGGUAGGAAGCACGAUUCCCGAGGUGCCAGUUGACAAUUAUAAGGAAUCGCACUGGCCUGGUACAGAGUAUGUAUGGAAUAGCUUUGGCCUGGCAGAGAAUCCAGAAUCACCAUCCGUGCUUCGAGGGCUCUUUGGAUCCAUUGCCAAUAGCCACAAUGGAGUCAUCAAUAUGGUCAGCCCAAAGAUCCAGAAUUCACCGUAUGACCCCAUGUUGGAUCGAAGAAAGGAUCCCGGUGCCGGAGCAUUCUCGCCUUAUGUCGAAAACACAUUCUUGUCUGGAUAUCCAAUCAAGGCAGGUGAAGAACUCUUUGUAACAUACGGAGAGCAUUGGUUUCGAAAUCGAAAAGAAUAUGACACUGUGCCAUUGUUGCAGCAUUUUCGUCGGGCGGACAACAUAUUGGCGAGUAUCUUGUCCAUGAUGACUCUGGAAGGCGCUUCGCUAUUUCACGCGGAUUUUGCCUUUCGAGCCAAUCAAGACAAAUUCAAUAUCUCGUUUCAUGGCCAACUACAGGAUGUUCUUGGCUUUUGUCAGAUGGAUGGAAUCAAAGGCCAGCUGGAUACAACUGGGGCGUCAAAAGUCAUCAACCUGAGCCGCAAGAACGAUAGGAUGAAUCGCAUGCCCUCAUCGAUUAUUGCUCGAAUGGAUCCAAAAGACAUACCACAUGAAUCGUAUGAAGGAAUCUCUUAUGACGCGGAGGAAUUUGGAUUCUCUACUAUGAGUGGAGCUUCAGCUGAACUCCCAUGUCGAGUCCUUGCGAGCGACGCGUCCACCGGACUUUUCGAAGUGCUCGUGUUCUUUGCGGAUAAUGACAAACGGCAGCUCCUUCGUUAUCCAUCAUUCGAUGCGAAUAGACUCGAAUUUCGGAUACCGCCGAACAAGGGUGGAUUAUCUUCGCUAUUGGGCCUUUUGCGCAAUCAUUUUCUAAAGGAGUUGGAUGACGUUGGGUUGACCACUGAAUCAUUUCGCCGAUUCAAGACGGCAUUGUCCAAUAUUGAUAGCGUCCAAGAUAUCACUACUGUGCUGAAUCGUAACGGAACUGCCAUGGCCACAACGAAACGACGGUCCAAAGAAUGGUUGGAAGAUAAUGGCAUUUGCUUGGACCACGUUUAUGUCAAUCGAAGUACCAUUACUAACGCUGGAAACGGUGCCUUUGCUCGGCGACCGCUAACGAAGAACACCAUUAUAAUCGGCUCGCCAAUGCUAGCAACCUCACGAGAUCACAAGUUGCUGACAAUGGUAACGAAUGCUUCGCGCAAGAGCCUUAUAUUGAACUACCAUUAUGGGCACAAGGACUCAAGCGUGUUGUUCUUUCCAAAUAGUCAUGCAAUUGCCAUAAAUCACAACAGUCCGUCCAUGCCCAAUGGAAAACCGGCCAAUGCUCGAGUACAAUUUAGCACCAAGGACAAAAAGAGUAGAUACUUAGUACAUCGCCCACUGAGGGAUAUCGAACGGGAAAAGUACUCAUCCUUGGUAAUGGAAGUCGUUGCCAUUCGCGACAUUGCACCAGACGAAGAAAUCUUUGUCGACUAUGGUAAGGAAUGGGAAGCUGCAUGGAACGAGCAUGUCCAAUCUUGGAAGGAUCCGUGCCAAAAUGCCAAUCAUCCUUGCUACAAAUCUUCGAUAUCCAUUUGGAAGAUGAAUCAAGACAAAUUCAAUAUACAAUAUCAUGCCUGGAGUGAGGACCACCUGACGUACUGUACGAUUCCACAAGCAGAAUACGAGGGCAAGAAAGAUGUGAAAAAAGUUGUGCUGCACCUGGGAGAUUCGUAUCUAGGAGUGCCAUGGGACCACGAUGGAUUCCAAGUAUCUUCGUAUCGGGAUAAUUCGGGAGACAGAGUCUUUCCGUGUUUGGUAAUUGAAUCCGAUGAAGGGAAUUCAAAAAUGCAGGUGGCAAUCUUUGACAAUGACUCGUCUACCAAUGGUUCUAAUGAAUCUGCCACACUUGUGUUGCGCCACUGGAAAUACUUCUCACAUUCUUGGGUCAGCUUUCGACCACGUCAAUUCAAAGGUGACAGCAUGAAUCCUCUGGCCUUUCGUCACGAGAUUGGUACUCCCAAUGACGUUUUCCCGGAACAUUGGAAGGAUUUGUUGGAGUAA